CAGUCCCGGGACUGCCAGCCGGGUUGGGGCUGACCCACAGCGCCCUCACUGACCCCCACACCCUGCGCCCAGUCUCCGCAAGUCCUCCCACAACAAUGUCCAGACUAAUUGCCUUCCCACGUCACAAACGGGGAAACCGAGGUAUGCACGCCCAGAGACAGGGGGAGCUUGGCCUCGAUCCCCACCAAGAGCAGACGGCUGACCGGAUUCCUGCCCUCAGAGAAUCCUGGACCCCAGUCGUUCCAAGACCCUUUCCGGACUGCAGCGGAAAGGAACCGGCCUCUGCCACUGAGACCAAACUGACAGAGAACUGGCCACUCUUCUGUUCCUUCCAGAGAGGAGCUUAGCCAGGGACUUCUGCCCUUCCUGCGACCGGGUCUCGGGGACGAUUCCGGGUAGGUAAAGCGGAACGAGGGCGUGACCUCGCUUGUGAGCCCGCCCUCCCCGCGUCGCUCCCGCCUUGAGGGCGGGGCUCUUCCCCAAGUGCCCUCUGUGCGAGCUGGGCCGCUUUCUCCGGGGCGUGGCGAAGGGGGGCGGAGUCACGAGCGGGGCGGUGAGACUUCCUGCCCAGUCGCGGGCCAGCCUAGCGCUUCAGCCGGCGGCUCAUUUCCGGUGGGGGUGCCGCGCCCAGUGAGGGCCCGGAAGUGGGUCGCGCGGAGAUUGCUGGGCGGUUCUUGCCGGAAGCGGAGAGCGGCUGAUCGUAGUCCGGAGGUGAGGCAGAACUCUGAGGUGGUCCAUUAUGGCUGACAUGCAAAAUCUGGUAGAAAGAUUGGAGAGGGCAGUGGGCCGCCUGGAGGCAGUGUCCCAUACCUCUGACAUGCACCGUGGGUAUGGAGACAGUCCUUCAAAAGCAGGAGCAGCUCCAUAUGUGCAGGCAUUUGACUCACUGCUUGCUGGUCCUAUGGCAGAGUACUUGAAGAUCAGUAAAGAGAUUGGGGGAGACGUGCAGAAACAUGCGGAGAUGGUCCACACAGGUUUGAAGUUGGAGCGAGCUCUGUUGGUUACAGCUUCUCAGUGUCAACAGCCAGCAGAUAAUAAGCUUUCCGAUUUGUUGGCACCCAUCUCAGAGCAGAUCAAGGAAGUGAUAACCUUUCGGGAGAAGAACCGAGGCAGCAAGUUGUUUAAUCACCUGUCAGCUGUCAGCGAAAGUAUCCAGGCCCUGGGCUGGGUGGCUAUGGCUCCCAAGCCUGGCCCUUAUGUGAAAGAAAUGAAUGAUGCUGCCAUGUUUUAUACAAACCGAGUCCUCAAAGAGUACAAAGAUGUGGAUAAGAAGCAUGUAGACUGGGUCAAAGCUUAUUUAAGUAUAUGGACAGAGCUGCAGGCUUACAUUAAGGAGUUCCAUACCACCGGACUGGCCUGGAGCAAAACGGGGCCUGUGGCAAAAGAACUGAGUGGACUGCCAUCUGGACCCUCUGCUGGAUCAGGUCCUCCUCCCCCUCCGCCAGGCCCCCCUCCUCCCCCAGUCUCUACCAGUUCAGGCUCAGAUGAGUCUGCUUCCCGCUCAGCACUGUUUGCGCAAAUUAAUCAGGGGGAGAGCAUCACACAUGCCCUGAAGCAUGUAUCUGAUGACAUGAAGACUCACAAGAACCCUGCCCUGAAGGCUCAGAGUGGUCCAGUACGCAGUGGCCCCAAGCCAUUCUCUGCACCUAAACCCCAAACCAGCCCGUCCCCCAAACCAGCCACAAAGAAGGAGCCAGCUGUACUUGAACUGGAGGGCAAGAAAUGGAGAGUGGAAAAUCAGGAAAAUGUUUCCAACCUGGUGAUUGAUGACACAGAGCUGAAACAGGUGGCUUACAUAUACAAGUGUGUCAACACGACAUUGCAAAUCAAGGGCAAAAUUAACUCCAUUACAGUAGAUAACUGUAAGAAACUUGGUCUGGUAUUCGAUGACGUGGUGGGCAUUGUGGAGAUAAUCAACAGUAGGGAUGUCAAAGUUCAGGUAAUGGGUAAAGUGCCAACCAUAUCCAUCAACAAAACAGAUGGCUGCCAUGCUUACCUGAGCAAGAAUUCCCUGGAUUGUGAAAUAGUCAGUGCCAAAUCUUCCGAGAUGAAUGUCCUCAUUCCUACAGAAGGCGGUGACUUUAAUGAAUUCCCAGUUCCUGAGCAGUUCAAGACCCUCUGGAAUGGGCAGAAGUUGGUCACCACAGUGACAGAAAUUGCUGGAUAAGCGAAGUGCCACUGGGUUCUUUGCCCUCCCUUCACACCAUGGGAUAAAUCUGUAUCAAGACGGUUCUUUUCUAGAUUUCCUCUACCUUUCUGCUCUUAAAACUGCUUCUCUGCUCUGAGAAGCACAGCUACCUGCCUUCACUGAAAUAUACCUCAGGCUGAAAUUUGGGGUGGGAUAGCAGGUCAGUUGAUCUUCUGCAGGAAGGUGCAGCUUUUCCAUAUCAGCUCAACCACGCCGCCAGUCCAUUCUUAAGGAACUGCCGACUAGGACUGAUGAUGCAUUUUAGCUUUGAGCUUUUGGGGGUUAUUCUACCAACAAACAAACAGUCCAUUGGAAAGAAAACAGUCCCAGGAAUUAACAGAUCAGAAUGUUCACACUGGUUAAUCUUUUUCUAACAGUGAGCAUGAAGGUAGCAGAAGCUGGUGUGUUUCCAGAUGGUUCUUCUAACCAAACUAAUUUUCACUGUUGACAAGUGAGGCAAGGGUUGCACUGGACCGAAGGCUGAGGCUUGGCCAUCUAGCAUUCCAUGCAGAAUGGUUUCCCAUAAGCAUUCCUUUUAUUCUCUGUUCUAUCCUGGGUCUGCCUCAACCAUGAGAUAGGAGAGUCUCCGGUACUAGCUGCUAUCCAGGGCAGUUAAUGGAGUCUUGAACCCUUUCUUUCUCUGGGAUCCCUGACUAGCACCUUCCUAUAGUGAUGACUUUAAAAGGAAAAAAAAAAAAGGAAAAACAACACACCAUUUCAAGGAGUCUGGCAUUCCUGAAUCCUCCUUCCCUGCUAGGUGCCUGUCACCUGUCUUCACUGCCUGCUUUUCCCUGUCAUGCUCAUCAGCUUAUGGCUUCUGUCCAAGCACCUGAACAGAGGACUAAAACCUCCACUGCAGGCUGGUUUUAGGUCUUGAUUUAUGUAAGAAUCUUGCACAGCACUGCUAAUGUAAAUUUCAGUUUUUCCCCUCUAGGACAAACACUUACCAAAAUAUGCAACUUUUUUUUGGUGGGAAGAGAGAUUGUCCUGUGAUUUCUACCCAUUUCCUGAGGCCUGUGGAAAUAAACCUUUAUGUACUUAAAGUUAUACAGAAAAUAGAAUAAAGUUAAUACCAAACUUG